AUGCAAAAAUUUAAGAAGCCCUUUGUGAAAAACAAUCAAGUUGAGAAGCAACCCAAAAAAUUUGCUCCAAAAGCAGGAGGUACAAAAUCUAACCCGAUCCGAUGUUUUAAAUGUCAAGGCUUUGGCCAUAUAGCAAGUGAGUGUGCCAAUCGGAGAGCAUUUAUUAUGAGAGAAGCGGGUAGUGAUGAUGAGGGAGAACAUGACGUGAAAGAUGAUGAGGGUAAUUAUGGGAAUGAUAAACGUGGGAGUGAUGAAGAGCAAGAUGAUAUGGAGGGUGAUGGAGAUGUCACCGCUCCAAAUUGUUUGGCAAGAAGGGUGAUGACAUGUAUGGCCAAGCUUCAAGAAGGGGAGAUCACCGUCCCUAACUAUGUGGUAAGGAGAACAAUGAUAAGCAAGGCCAUGGAUGAUCCUAGCCAAAGAGAGAACCUUUUCCAUUCUAAAUGUGUUAUCAACCAAAAUUUGUGUGUCAUGAUCAAUGAUAGUGGGAGUUGUGCAAAUGUUGCAAGUACGACGUUGGUUUAUUUCUUGAAACUUCCCACCACUAAUCAUGAAAAUCCUUACAAACUCCAAUGGCUUAAUGAAUGUGGAGAGUUGAAGGUGACUCGACAAGCCUUUAUCAAGUUCAAAAUUAGGAAGUACCAAGAUGAGAUCCUUUGUGAUGUUGUUCCCAUGCAAGCUUGUCACCUUUUACUUGGAAGACCUUGGCAAUAUGAUAGGUCAGCCAAGCAUGAUGGAAGAACCAAUCGGUACACUCUUGUUCAUAAUGGGCUCAACCAUAUGUUAUGUCCUAUGACGCCUUUGCAAGUUGGUGACGUUUACCACAAAAUGAGGGAGUUGAAAGAGAAGGGCAAGGGUGUACAAGGAGAUAGUGAGGGAAGUGGGAAAAAGAAGGAGUCGAAGGGAAAGGCUAAGGUGGCCCUCUUGGCAAAUCUAGGGGAGAUUAGGGAGGAGUUAGAGGAGCGACAACCGGUGAUCCUCCUCACUCAUAGGGACUAUGCUUUGCACACUAAUGAACUAACCUCUUCUUUGCCUAGUUCUAUUUCUUCUCUUUUGCAGGACUAUGAUGAUGUGUUUCCCACAGAGCUUCUAAAGGGAUUGCCACUAUUAAGGGGAAUUGAGAAACAAAUUGACUUUGUCCCGGGGUCUCAAUUGCCAAACAAACCUGAUUAUAGGGCCAACCCGGAUGACACCAAAGAACUUCAAAAGCAAGUGGAUGAACUCCUUGAAAAAGGGGUUAUGCGAGAAAUUAUGCUUCCAUGUGCCGUGCCCGUGAUCUUGGUGCCAAAGAAAGAUGGAACAUGGUGCAUGUGUGUUGAUUGCCGAGCCAUCAACAAGAUAAUGGUAAAGUAUCACCAUCCCAUACCUUGUCUUGAUGACAUGCUUGAUGAAUUGAAUGGUUCAUGCAUAUUUUCUAAGAUUGACCUUAGGAGCGGAUACCAUCAAAUCCGAAUGAAACCCGGAGAUGAGUGGAAAAUGACAUUCAAGACCAAAUUUGGUCUAUAUGAAAGGUUGGUGAUGCCUUUUGGCCUCACUAACGCUCCUAGUACUUUCAUGCGAUUAAUGAAUCAUGUGACGAAACCUUUUCUUAGCAAAUUCGUGGUUGUUUACUUUGAUGAUAUAUUGGUGUAUAGUAGAACCAUGGAUGAGCAUGUUGAUAAUUUUAAAUGUGUAUUUGAAGUGUUUAGACAAGAACAACUUUAUGCUAAUGUGGCUAAAUGUUUUUUUUUGUGUUGA